AUGGGCAGCUCUUUGUCUGCUCCCCAACAGAAAUUUUUAAAAGUCUUAAAAUUUCUCCUCUCCUCCAACGAAUUGGAAGUUCCGGAGGGAGAUUUAAUACAGCUCAUUCUGGCUAUCAAAGAGCAUUCCCCCUGGUUUCCUGCAGAUGGGACUUGGGAAUUAAAACUUUGGGACAAGAUCGGGGAACAUUUUCAUGGGCACCCCAGCAUAAGUGUUCGGAUUUUAAAUGCAUGGUGCAAGGUUCGUUACGCCAUGGACUCUUUAUCACCAAAAAAUAUCUCCAUGGCUGCAUUGCCAACACAACCUCCAGCUUCCUUACUCCAGCCUGCUGUGUUAGAGUCUAUUCCAAUACUUGCUUUGUCAGCAGCUCCAGAUCCCAAACCUCCAGACUACAGUUCCUCACCAGAGGACCCAAUCCUGCAAAAAUACCGUGGUCUGGCUGGCAAUGAUCCUGCUCUUUCAGUGGCAGAACCAGCUACUCCUUUUCAACGUGCAGUCCUUGCCUCUUCCUUAAUUCAGGAUACUAUGGCAUUCCCUGUUAUUGUGCCCCCUGCUGGUGCCCUGGCAGGCACCCAAGCCCAACACCAACCUUUUGACUUUAAGCCCAACACCAACCUUGCCUCUUCCUUAAUUCAGGAUACUAUGGCAUUCCCUGUUAUUGUGCCCCCUGCUGGUGCCCUGGCAGGCACCCAAGCCCAACACCAACCUUUUGACUUUAAGAUCUUGAGAGAGCUGCAACAGUCAGUAAAGGCCAAUGGACUCCAAGCCCCAUAUACGCAGGCGCUUUUAGAAGCCACAUUAGCCCAGCUCUUGGUUCCAGAGGACAUCAAGCUUUUGGCCCAUACAGUGUUGCCCCCAUCAGCUGGUGUUUUGUUUGCCCACGAAUGGGAAACUGCCUGCCGUGCUUAUGCUCCAGCCUUUUUACAACAAGUCAGAGGAAAUAAUCCAAAUGUUACCCUCGCAGACGUCGUAGAUGCCAUGUUGGGGCGUGGUCCCUUCGCUCAAGCUUCAGUGCAAGCCACACUGCUGCAAAUCUUAUUGAGGGACACUGCUCUUGCUGCUAAACAAGCAAUGAGAAAAAUCCCAGAACCCCCCAGUAUUCAAUCAAGGUGGGGUUCAAUCAGGCAAGAGGCAAGAGAAUCAUAUUCUUCCUUUAUGGACAGGCUGCUUACAGCAGUGAGUCGCCAAAUUGAAAAUCCUGAAGCCAAACAAAUAAUUAUCAAACAAUUGGCCUUUGAAAAUGCCAAUGAGGAUUGUAAACUUGCAUUGCGACCGAUAAUACACAAUCCUGCCACAGACACAGCUGCCAUGCUUCGCAUUUGUCAGUCUGUCGGAACAGCCAGCCACAAGGCUCAUCUGCUGGCAACAGCGCUAAAUGAAAACCAGCCUGUAGCCACCGAUACAACUUGUUUCCAGUGUGGCAAACCAGGAUCACCGAUACCCCAGUGGGGGUAG